GCAGACUUGCGUGCCCGCCACGCGCUUACUGUCAGUGAGUACGCAACACGGUCAUGGCUUUCAUUACGCGCCAGUUCGUAAGAUCUCUCUCAUCAUCUGCUUCUAGACAAGCAGCGAUUAAACAUGUCACUAUUAUCGGGGGUGGACUUAUGGGUGCAGGUAUUGCACAGGUCGCUGCAACCACAGGGCAUUCAGUGGUGCUGGUUGACAUGUCUGAGGACAUUUUGAAGAAAUCCGUUAAGGUCAUAGAAAACAGCUUAAAAAGAGUGGCCAAGAAGAAAUUUGCAGAAAAACCGGAGGAUGGCGAGGCGUUCAUUCAGAAAGUUCUGAAAAAUUGUUCUACGAGUACAGAUGCUGCGUCUGUAGUCCAGAGCACUGAUCUUGUGGUGGAGGCCAUUGUGGAAAACCUCAAAGUCAAACAGGGUCUCUUUGGAUCUCUGGACAAAGUGGCUUCAGAGCAUACCAUCUUUACAAGCAACACAUCCUCCUUGCCAAUCGCAGACAUCGCCAGCUCCACAACUAGAUUAGAUCGUUUUGGCGGCCUUCAUUUUUUCAACCCCGUCCCAAUGAUGAAGCUGGUCGAGGUGAUCAAGACCCCAUCAACAAGCCAAAAGACUUUUGACACACUCCUUGAAUUCAGCAAAGCUUUGGGGAAACAACCUGUAUCGUGUAAAGACACUCCAGGUUUUAUAGUGAAUCGCCUGCUGGUUCCUUACAUGAUGGAAGCUAUUCGACUGCAUGAAAGAGGUCACGGCUCCAAAGAAGACAUUGAUGUGGCCAUGAAGCUUGGUGCUGGUUAUCCUAUGGGUCCAUUUGAACUUCUGGACUAUGUUGGAUUGGACACUUCAAAGUUUAUUAUUGAUGGUUGGCAUGCGAUGGAUCCUGAUAACCCCCUGUUUGCCCCUAGCCCCAUGCUUAACAAACUGGUGGCAGAGGGCAAAUUGGGCAAGAAAACCGGUGAGGGAUUCUACAAGCACAAAUAAUGGAAGUGAAGAUUACUAGUUUUGCAUACUUCAACCAGAGAACAAAUGUCUAGUCGAUGACCGACUGGACUGAACUAAAAAGCCAAGAGUUUGAUUAAUAAACUGCAAAUGAAUUUGAAUGUAUAAAACCUAGAUAAAGUGAUUGGAUGUCACACUACAUCUAGUGCCUUGCUAUGAUUGUUAAAACUUUCAAUCCAUUGAUAUUAAAUGUCUGUUUAAGUAAUAUUGUGGCAUUAAAAUAUAUUUAAUAUGUCUUUUCAA